AUGUUCGGGAUGACAGUAGAGGCGACGACCGUGACAACAGUGGCGGUGGUAGUCACGAUGGCGGGGUGGUUGCUCGGUGGAGUUGAGGGUAGAGAACCAGUGUUGCAUAGAGUUGGAGGAGGAAAAUACACUUGGACAACUAAUGUUAACUUCACUGAUUGGUCAAUUCACGAGCACUUUUACGUUGGUGAUUGGCUCUAUUUCGGGUUCGAUAAACGUAUCUACAACGUGCUACAAGUAAACAAAACGAGCUACGACAGUUGCAACGAGAAUGAUUUCGUUUUCAACGUGACGAGAGGGGGACGAGACGUGUUCAAUCUAACACAAGCAAAGCCAUACUACUUUCUAAGUGGAAGAGGGUUUUGUUUUCAAGGAAUGAAGGUUGCUAUCUUUGUUGAAGACUCGCCUCCCAUUUCAUCACCCAAAAUUUCAAACCAUUCUUCAUCUAUUCAACCAUUAAAGCCUCUCUCAUCCCUCUCGGUAUUGAUCACGCUUGCCUUCACUAAAAUCGUUCUUCUAAAUUAGGGUUAAUUCAUAUCGUUAUAACGUCGAUUAGGGCUAGACCGUAGCCUUGAGUUUGGAUCUGGUCUUAGUUUUGUUAACGGGGUAUGAUAAAAUAAAUUUAGAGUAGGAUUUAAGUUAACUACAGACGUCGAUGAUUAGAAUUAGGGUUAAGGUUAGGAU